UGCGUUUGAAGACCACAACCACAUACCUUUUAGUCUUCAAAGCAUGGUGAGCCCGUGGAUGUCCAACGUCUUUGGAGGGUCCGCCACCAUCUGAACAACAAAAGUCUCCCUCCCCCCACCCUCUCACUGCCUGCCACUGACAAGAGGUAAACAGAGGAGGAGAUCUCAUUUGGUUCCUGAACUGUUGCAGCGCUCAGUGUAGCAUCCCCCCCCCAACACACACAGACACACUCUUGUGUACACUUAUAUAUGCAUUGGCGGACUCGUACUUGACCGCGGGAAGAGGUGGGGGGGAAAAACGAAGAGUCAUUUUGUGGAGGCAAAGAAGAGGAGCGUGUUGCUCUCCGGAUCAAGCCCAGAGCUGAGAAUGGAGAACACAUCAAGAGAAGACAGAGACGGCUUUGGGGGGGGGAGAUGCUGCUGAGUAAACUUUGCAGAUGUUUCUAAAGGGAAUUUUUAUCCUUUGGACUUUUGGGGAAGGCUUGCAGAAGAGCACGCUGAUGGAAAAGGCUGGACAUUGGACAGAGGGCCCUGUCAGCAGCAUGGCACCGGUCCGUCGUCCCUCCUGCCAUCUUUUCCUACUCUUUUGCCUCUCUUUCUUAAUUACCCAGCCCGCCCUGACUCAGGAGCCAUCUGUCACCAUGGUAACAGCAACUGAGGACAGCCCCUUCAUUGUCCCGUCCACACUGGUCAACCAGACAACUCCUGGCUAUGCGGAGACAACUCAGAACCCCCUUCAAGACACUGGCCUGUCCACUCCCUCCAGUGGGGGGGACGCAGACGACGAGGACGGCCCCCCUGUUGGUGGCACGCGUUGCCAGGGCUACUACGACGUGAUGGGCCAGUGGGACCCGCCGUUCAAUUGCAACGCCGGCGUCUUUCUGUACUGCUGCGGUACCUGCUUCUAUCGCUUCUGCUGCCAGUUCCGCCAGCAGCGGCUGGACCAGAGCAUCUGCUCCAACUAUGACACGCCCAUCUGGGCCAACACCGGCAAGCCCGUGGCCACCGUCACCGAGGGCCAAGGGGAGCAGGAGCGGGACCGCACACACCUCAUUGUCUACAUCAUCUGCGGCGUGGUGGCCAUCAUGGUGCUGGUAGGCAUUUUCACCAAGCUGGGCCUGGAGAAAAGUCGUGGGGGAGCGCCCGGGGCGCCACAUGCUGACCUCAACUCCAGGCUUUUAUAUCAUGUGUUGCCACCCAGGACACUGACUGACCUUCUGAAGCAACAGGGAGGAGAGGUGAGCACCGUGGAAAAUGCUGUGACCAGUUCACCCAAUGGAGGGAGAGCCAACGGCGUCUCAGCCAGGAUGCAUCGCAGCAGGAGCGAGCAGUACCAUCUAAAUAACUCUGCGCACGGCCAAUUUGCACCAGGCCUUCCUCAUUCGCACAGCAACCACAGCACAGUGGGACUCAACAAGUACACUUCCCUCAAAGCCGUGGCGGACAGUGCAUCUCACCCCUACUACAAGAGCUUCCCACUCAUGGACUUUGCCCACUAUCAGGCGCCUCCAGCAUUCCACCCGGUGCCAGUCCAGCCCAAAGAGAAGUCCUACAUCCACCAGCACCUUCCAUCACAACCCAACCUCCACGCUCCUCUUUCCAUCGCCAUACCCCCGAACCAUCUGGAACACCCCCACCUCCCAAAGACAACCACACACCCACUGCUCUCCAGCUCUGCCUUCAAAGCCUGGGAGCCCAACAGUCGCCACGUCCAAAGGCAGAUCUCCGCCCCGGGGUCCGCAUCCAUGCACGCCUCCCACUGGAGACACGGCUACACGGCCCGUCGGCAACAGAGCAUUGAGAACAUGCCCGAUCUUUUUAAUCAACCUUGUGGAGGAAUGUAUGCAGGGGGUACGACAGGGCACGGGGCGCAUUUCCAUGUGCAACACCCGCCUCAAGCGCCAUACUACCACCACACCAGGCAAAAGAGCUACUCCACCCACAGUACAACUGAAGUGACUGUCUGAGCACCACGUGCUGCACGGUUACGUAUAAAGUACUUUGGUGUCAACACCAGAGUUUGGGAUUAGUCUAAGAGCAGUCAUACACUCAAGAAAGGUGAAAAGGGUGCAAAGAAAUGUAAAAGUAAGGCAAAAACCAAGCUUGUGGAUUAUAGCCAUGCUGGUUUUAAGGUUAUUGUACUUUGUAGAAAUUGUAUAAACUCGACGGAGCACCAUAAUACGGUCUACAUUCAGAGAUGGUUGACUUGGUGCGCAGAUAGACAUUUUUUUAUGUGGCAGUGUUUUAUAUCUGCAAAACUUUGUCAGUAGAAAACAUGAGUUGGUUGUUAAAUGACACAUUUUACACCUUUCCAUAAGCCUAACCCUCUGGAGGUUGGCCACUGCCAUAGUUUUAAUACAAUAUAUAAUUUCUAGACUAAACGGCUGAGAAUAUUGUACUUAAAAAAUGACUAUUUUGCAUCUCAGUGUCUACCUCCAUGCACAGCUGGCUUCCCCUUGUACCUUUUGCCGUUCUCCACUAUGUACUAUUUUGCUUUUGGUGCCAUCAGGCCCAGCAUACAGGGACAGCAUCCCCGAGGUGACAUUAACUCAACAGUGAGGACAAUGCCACCAUCAUGUCAGCUCCCAUCAGCCUCCAUCCCAACCAUGGAGAGCGAGUGGUGGGGGAAAGGAGUUUGUAAAAGCCAGCGGCUUUGUCUCCUUAGAAAAGAGGAGAAAGAGAGCGGAGAGUAGAGAAAAUGGAAAACUAACUGCAUGUUUUCCUUCCUCGGGGGAAGGAAAGGCAAAGAGUCACUGUGAAUCUGGGUUUCUCGCUACUGAAUUGUCUGGGUCAUAACUCGGGAGUGUGUGGACCUGCGAGGACACUCCUGUGUUAUUUCUCUACCUCCGGGCGCUAUUGCCGGGAAAUUUGUGGAGGCAUUUGCAAGCCUGCAGCUUUAAACAUUACUCAUGUAUUCUCCGAAGCCUGGAUAGCAAAAGACAACAUGCAGACCUGCAAGCUGCUGCAGACAAGCAACAGUUCCUUUUAUUUGAAGGUAAAAAAAAAAUGUUAGAACAUAAAGAGAGAACUUUAGAACUAUUGGAUUUUUAUUUAGAGUGUGUGAGGCUUUCCCCUGGAAAAACAAAUGAUAGUUCUAAAUCAAGCACCAAACCACUUUUUGCAGAUAAACAACCGCCAGUCAGUUUGUGUUUCUUUUUCCGUGCUUGUAAGUGGGUCAUGUGAACACAACCUGUUCCAUGUUUAAAAUUUGAACAAUUGCUCAUCACCGCUUGAUUGAGUUGAUUUGGGUUGCUGUGUUUUCUGUUCUAUUAUUUUUAUAUGCAAUAUAUGUGAUUUCCAAUCACAACAUUGUUGUUAGGAACCUACAAUCAUGCAUUUUUGUCCACCUAAUAGUUGCUUGUACAUUCAGUGUUGUCUUUUAUUUUUAAACACAUUUUUCAGGAUUUGUGUAAUGUUUUGUAAAAAAAAAAAAAAAAAAUCAAUGUAAAGCUAUGUAUAUUUCAGACACAUUUAGUUGGAAAAAGGGCUUUAUAAAGUAGGUAUUUAUUUCUAAGAAUUUAUUAUAACCGAUUCAACAGAUUCAAACUGAAUUUAUUAUUGCAUAGAAUAACAUGAACCAUGACUCAUAGAGAGCACUAAAAUAAAUAUUUGCUUUUGUAAUGUGAAAGUGACGCAGUUAAAGUAGGCCUUCAGUACUGCAUGUCACAAUAUUCCAGCGCCACAAUUAGAAUAUGGUACAACAACAAAAAAACAGAGUGGACAGGGUGUCCAAACAAUUGAUUUGGUUUUUAUUGUGCAACUCUGUAGUAGUGACUGGAAAAUGUGCAGAAACAUGGAUUAUGGAAAUUGGAAUAAGAAUUAUUCAUAAAGGGAAAAGGCACAAUGCACUUCUGUAGCUGACUAUACUACAUGUAGAAUUUAAAACUGCUGUACAUGCAGCAAAUAAGAGAACUAUGAUACAAAGUAAAUGGAAUAUGUUGUGGUGAAAGUUAGAGGAUGUAGCAAAAACACAGUGAGCUGUACAGUAUUUACCAAAAACCCACAAAUGGUACAGGACUGUUUUUCCUCCGCCAUGUUUGAAACGUUUAAAAGAGAAGUAUUAAAGAUUGGAAAAACUACAGUUUUUUUGUUUUCUUGUUAUAAUGUGUUGUAAUGAAAAAUACUUUGGACACCCCUGUUUUAUACACUUUGGACAACUUGACUCCUCAGCUAACUAAACACACACUUGCAAUGUGGCUGGAAGUACCUGGAAGGAGCCUGCACAGGCACUGAAGGUCAUGCUCGCUUCACAAGGUGUUUUCCCAGGAAUGAAAACUGCUCAGUUGGUGACCAGUCCAGGGUGUAACCCGCCUGUCAGCUGGGAUAGGCUCCAGCAUACCCCAGUGAGGAUGAGCCGUACAGGAAACGGAUAGAUGGAAAACUGCUGGGAGAACAAUUGCACAAUUGUAAGCUCACACUGACACCUUGUGGCUGUUCCCGGUAUUACCGAAAGUACGCCUACUGACAAUACAAAACAUUUUGAAUACAGUACGUUUAUCUUAAAGAAAACCUCAUGUUUGACUAAAUACCGUUCAGCCUUUCAUACCACACUCUCAAUUACAAUAUGUAGAAAUUAAGCAAUAGUUCAUUUCCACAACUUGAUUCAAGUUUUACAGUUAACAUAGCACAUUUACAAAAAAUACUUCUACUUCUGUACUUACACUUUUACAAUGCAAUUAUGCAUACUGUGUACACUGCGUAGUGGCGUUUGUACUCAACUGUACCU